AUGGUGGCGGUGAUGGCGGUGCCCGUGGCCGCGCUCCGGGCCUGGUCGGAGGCGGCAGUGCGGGCGGGAGCGGCGGCGCGGGCGGCUCUGGCAGCCGCGGCUCCGCUGCUGGGCUCGCUGGCCGCGCUGGCGGCGCAGAUGCGGGCGGCGCGGCGGCUGCCGUGGGACGCGACGGCGCUGGGCGCCUUCCCGGAGCUGCGGGCGCGGCUGUGGCGGAAGCAGCGCGGCGCGGCCGAGGCGCUGCUGGAGCAGCUCGGCCAGCGGCGGGAGGAGCUGCGGGCCGUGCGGGACGCCGUGGGGGCCGCGGGCAGCGCCGUGCUGCGGCUCGUGGAGGAGCGGGGCCCGGCCGAGCUGGGGCUGGCCGCGGUUCUGCGCCGGGGGCCGCGCUGCCCCUCGCUGGCCGAUGUGCUGGAGGGGCUGCAGGACGUGGAACGCUACUACCGGCACCUGUACUUGGAGAGCAAACUGCUCCUGCAGCGCCUCAGCUUGGACAGCUUGGCAGACGUGGAAGCCCUGCCGCAGUCCUGGGAGAGGAUUUUGGAGCGUUACAAAGAAGAUGAGGUCGUUCAAGAUACACUCCUGAAGGUGUCACUGUUUGUGGAGAACCAUCACGAGGUGAGCUGCUCACCUGGCUCCUGACAGGCAGCAGGGACUGGCACUGCCCAGCUUCUGGCACGUUCUGCGGUGCUGCAGAGGGGAUGAGGAACUGAGAGAGCUCUCCUGGUGCUUUUUGGAAGCUGAAUGAGUUGAGUCUUGGCCUCAGCAUGAAAUGCUUGAACUGUAUAAUUUUCAAGUGGAAAUGGUCUUGGCCUCUGAAGAGGCUGAGCCAAAAAAGCCAUGAAGAUAGAAGGAAGUCACCUCCAGCUGUGGAACUCAUCCUUUCCCUCUUCUGCCAUGCCUGUUUUGUGUCAUGGUAAAAAUGUUGAUACUUACCUGAGGUGCUGCAGAUGUGUGAGUGUAAUAGAGUCCUUCAGGCUGGUGCCAUGAAAGAUAUUUGUCCUUACAAAUAAAGAAAACAUGUCAGAUUAGGGUUUAGAAA